UGCUUGCUCAUCUACAGGUCGACCAAGUGUUAUUGUAAUCUGCUUUCAUUUUCAGACUGGCUGAUGCACUAAUCAAGAAUUUCGGCAAUAAAACCUGGAGGAUCCUGUGGAUUUAAUAUCGGAUGCUUGCAUUCUGAUCACGUCUGGUUGUUUUCAAGAAGCUAAGACAGCGUAUUGAUGGGCCUAUAGUCGUAAAAUUUGUCUUCAAUGUGGACGGGAAGUUCGUAAUGUGCGGAAUUAAGAUCAUUGAAAUAGUGUUGUUUUUCUUUCAUGAGCAUAAAAUCGCGAUGACGAAAGUCGUUGAAAUGAAAGUGUUUUUACGUUAAGGUUUGCUAUUAUUUGGAUAAUACAGUGGAUACAACAAGUUAAACAUGGCUAUUGCACUAGAAGAAACUUAAGAAUAAAUAGUUUCCAUGGAAAUCGAGAUAUUAAAGGAAAGUUAUGUAUAUGAAAUAUAUGUGUGUACGUUUACAUGUACGUAUGUUACCUAGCAACAGUACUUGUUGGAGAAUUCGCCAAUUUCGACAUGUUUUUCUGGUAAUGAUUACAAUACACUUAUCAAUAGAGAUUUUCUAGUAACUCAUUACCAAGCGCAAUGCGGAUUUAUUUAUAAUUGUGUAUACCUUUCUUGAUGUGAGAGUCUUAAGUGGCAAAAAUGAAAAUGAAAUUGGUUACGAGGAGUUCCUCCCUCAACUCCCUGUGGUCAAUCGUCUACUGCGUGGUCACAAUAUUGUUGCACUGCUACGCGACCUACUUAGGAGUGGCCAAGUACCGGAAGUUGGAUAACGACGAAAUCUGGGGCGGGCAGAUCCCAGGUGAACUGCGCGUGUAUAUCGCCCUGGUGGUGAUAUCAGUUCUAUUUCUACCAUUGUUCAUUUUCUUCUCAGCAUUAAAAGUCGGAAAUGCGCCGAACGACGGCACCAAGCUGGGCCGCGACCACGCUCUUGACGGAAACCCACAGACGCUUGGUUCGAGGCUCAAACGUGAUUGGCUCAAACAAAUAUGGGAGCAUUUUCCACCUUUUUCAACGCUGUUCCAUUUGACGUCUGCUUUCUUGCUUCUGUUACCGGAAAUGACAUUGACGGCAGCUGAAGUAAAACAUGGCGUCAUGUCUUCGGACGCGGUGUGGUCAUGUGACCUUGACUUUCUAUUUUCAACUGAACGCGCAUCCACCAGCAACAUCAUUAGCCAAUCAAAUGUGACGGUGCAACAGAACCACACGUUCUACGUCGUUCCUACACCGCGGCCUCCUAUUGGUGGAUGGUCACAUGACACGGUCCUACACGUGGCGUUCGUUUAUAUGGUGGCAGGUUUGGUAAUCCUCGCGGUUCGGUAUUCCUCGGUGUUUUGGUUCACAAACAAAGUAUUCAGCGCAAUAUUUGCGAGUCAGCUGCUAUUUUUGACUGUGGAGGCAAUGUUUGCCCACUGUGGUGUAGAAAUACUGUACAAACUGGCGAUGAACUAUAAAAUGUACGAAGAAAACGUCAGCAUUAUAUUGGGCUCAGGAGUGAUUAUAUUUUUAUACAUACUCAGUGGAAUAGUAUUAAUAGCGUCCACUUUUUUUGUGUAUUCUUACGGCGCAAAAUAUUUCAAAGAGAAGUUUAAAAUAAUCGAUCAACGUCAUCACCCGGACGCUUACCGGAAACAGACAGUCAUUGUCAGCGGAAGUUGUCAAGACUAUCAGACACACACUGCAGCUGUAGUCUCCCUCGUAUUACUGGGUCUGUUCAGGGGUCCAGUACUCUAUGACCUCGUGACCUUAUACCGGUUAACAAAAGACGGGCUCGUGCUCACGUGCGUCGUGAUGGACGUCUGCUACAUGGUAUACUGGAUAAUCCUGUGGACGGUUUUGACUCUUAAACACCAGUGGCAGUUCCGGAUCUUGGACUAUGUGCCGCUAAAUGACCCUGUGUACAUGAUAUCAAACGAGAACCUCGUGAAAAGCGCAUCCUAUCACGGCGGAUCGAUAGAGUUGCACAUGAAGGCGCCUCGGAAACGACCGAGCUCACUUCCUAGUGAUCUCACGACGAGUGAAAGUGGCUUCGGCGAGUCGAACUCUUCCGAAGAUGAACGAGAACGGUUCGAGCUCUCACUUCCGCCUUUAGCGGAGGUUCCCGGUUCAAUUGAGAACUCGAGACGCAAAGGUUCUACGCACUCGCUAGACAGGCGCAGUCGGUCGCGUAGAAACGGGCACCAGCGAGUAACGUUCCAUGAUACAGUAAAGCGAUCUACGUCUACCGAUAGUGAAUUGUACGCGAAAAACCGUGACAAGAGGAUUAAUAUUUCAGCGGACGUUCAUGGUCGCCGGGUGUCACGCGAGCGAUGCCUGACGCCGCUUGAACUUGCGGUGUUAAAAGCUCGAAUGCCGGGUAACAGGCACUCAAUUGGGACCGCAAGCCCCAUGGAGGCGCCAUUAAACAACGCUCUCAAUGCGAAGCAGAGUUCAUUUUCUGAUCUUGGUAAUGGAAGUGAUUACAGCAGUGAUAGGUCGAGGUCGCGACCAACUCCGGACACCAGUAUUGAGUACAAUGACCUGACAAUAAAGAACGAUUAUGCUCUUGGCGCAAGAGAAAACUAUAAGUCUUCCAAUAGGAAUACACAAACGAACAAUUCGUUGCGCGUCAAAAAUAGUCCCAGUGACGUAAGUAGUUCUUCUCAAACAUCGCCAGUAAAAGACGCAUAUCAAACAUUACUAGAUGAAAUAAACGCCAAAAGUAAUAACCGUCUCAGUCCAAGAGCGAUGGACUAUUUGGACGGUAAAAAGGACGUAAGUCUCGUGCGGAGGGAUUCAGCGAACUAUUCUCUGACGUCAUCACAAGAAACUGCGUCCAACGACUCAGACCAAGCCCAGCAGGCGCAAUGUAGUCAAUCAACACCUUCGCAGACGCCAAUCCCAAAAGAAAGUCCCAGAAAUUAGAGGUUACAUUCUACUAUGUGUUUGCUUCAGGAGGAUUAAUUGCUCUGGUUUCUUUCAUGUUUUACGCUGGAAGCGCCGAAACAAUAUUGGACAAUGUGAACUAUAUAUUAAAUAUGAAGGCAUACACAUUUUAAAGUGUAUCUUUAAUGUGAUGGGUCAUUUUAAAAUUAUUUUUUUUAUAACAAACAUCUGUACAUUAAUUUUCUCGAAUGAUCAGUGCAAAAUCAACACCUUUUACCACAAUGUUUCAUAUAACGUGACUGGUAAUUCAGUCUACCUGUCAUUCUACCUUAAUUCAUAAACUGUGCAAGGAUUUGUACUGUGCAUAUUUAAAACUGCAAAAGUGCGCUUAUUAAUUUCAAAACAGUCAUAUGGAUAUUCGGAACACGAAAGAUUUUGAAUUACGUACAAUUCAAACAGUGUAUUGCAUACUUUGAAGGUCUGUACAACGUUCGUUGAAGGACGAAUUCGCAGUAGUAACACGCAAGACUAAAUACACAACAACAACAACAUAUUAAGAUAAGUUAGAAGGUACACAUAAUUCAUUUUACUGUUCCCAUUUUUACUGUUGAUGAAUAUAUGAUUUUGUAAAAUA